AUGUCAAAUGAAAGCUUAGAAAUCCUUCCCUACUCUGUCCGUCCUGCCAGGCACCUGCUGCACCACUGUUUCCAGGCACUGAUGGACCAUGGGGUGAAGGUGGCCUCCGUACUGGCCAACUCCUUCAGUCGCCGCUGCUCCUACAUCGCUGAGUCAGACGCCCACGUCAAAGAGAAGGCCAUUCAGUUCGGCUUCAUUUUAGGUGAACAAGCUUGUAAUGUCUCGGGCUGUGUCCCAAAUAGCACCCUUUUUACCUACUUUUGACCAGAACUCAUAGCACUUUUGGGCAAAAGUAGUGCACUAUAUAGGGAAUACGGUGCCAUUUGGGACGCACAAAAUGGCUAUCUUAUCGAUCUUCUGAGAUACUCGGUGCAACUGCAAACAAGACGACCUGCAACGCCCACGCCAUACUGUGGUCUGAGCCUUUCUGGGAGGUUAACCCAGUUGAUUCUUUUGUUGGAACGGUCGGUUCUGUCCCUAGGUGGCUUCCUGUCUGACGCAGGCUGGUACUGUGAUGCAGAGAAGGUGUUCCUGUCGUGCCUGCAGCUGUGUACGCUCCACGACGAGGUGCUGCACUGGUACCGAGCUGUGGAGUGCUGCGUCAGGUAGGUCUGGCUGGCCGGCUGGCUGUCUGGCUGUCUGUCAUAGUUUAUGAAUAAAGGCGUUAUUGCACCAACCAGUGCUAGCUCCGUUUCAUUUGACUCGUUGCGGGUAGGUACAGGAGCCUCUUUCCCCCUCUCAUCUCUUCUCUGUGGUGUCCUUGUUCCUCAGGCUUCUCCAUGUCCGUAAUGGGAACUGUAAGUACCACCAGGGAGAAGAGACGUUCAAGCUGGCCCAGUCCUACAUGGACAAACUAGCCAAACACGGCCACCAGGCCAACAAAGCGGCCCUGUAUGGAGAGCUGUGCGCCUUGCUCUUCGCUAAGAGUCACUACGAUGAGGUAGACAUUCCUCUUAUUUCAACAGAAAAUAUUUCGGAUAAUUUAAGAAGAAGAAAAACGUUUUUUAUUUUUUAUUUUUAAAUGAUCCGAAAAUGUAAAUGAUGAGUCUAUUGGUUGGUUCCUGCUCCUGUGUGUCAGGCAUACAGCUGGUGCAUAGAGGCCAUGAAGGAGAUCACUGAGGGCCUGCCUGUCAAAGUGGUGGUGGACGUCCUCAGGCAAGCCUCCAAGGUAACAGAAAUGUCAUGGGGACGGUGGCUGUGUCCCAAACGGCACCCUAUUCCCUACGUAGGGGCACUACUUUAGACCAGGGCCCAUUUGGGACGCAUACUACUUUUUUCACCAGGCUCUGGUCGAAAGUAGUGCCCCAUGUAGGGAAUUUGGGUGCCGUUUGGGACACAGGUGAAAUAUAAUGGAGACAGUGGUGUUGAGACGAUAUGGAAAUAUUAGUGUCUGCUAAAGGAUAACAUCACUCCUACUCCGUCCCCUGCUCUCGGCAAGGAACUAGCCUUGUAUCCAUACAGUACAGCAGUUUUCCCAUCUCUGGCCUUUGUGUCUGUGGCCGACAGCAGAACAACUCUGGAGGUAAUAUAGAGAACAGCCAGAACAGAACAACUUUAUUUUUCCAGAAGGAACUUCAGUUGUGGCAAGUCUGAUAAGAUAAAGAUAUACAGGGUCUACAUGGAGCUAGUAGUGCACUCUAUAGGGACUAGGUUGCCAUUUUGAAACGUAAAUGGUGAUUUGUGAUGUCUGUUUGGCUGUGUGUCUUUUAACAGGCCUGUGUUGUGAAGAGGGAGUUCAGGAAAGCCGAACAGUUGAUCAAACACUCCGUCUUUCUGGCACGGUAAGACUUGCUUUUUUUAAUAGACUCCUUUUUAUGGUAACACUUGACAUUAAAGUAUCCUUUAUAACCUAUCUAUACAUUUAAAAUAAACUGUUUUAUAAACUAUUGUUUAAUCCUUUAUAAAUCCUUUUAUAGGUUGGCCCACCUCGGUGUGUUAUAUACAGUAUAUAUACAGUCGUGGUCAAGUUUUGAGAAUGACACAAGUAUUGGUCUUCACAAAGUUCGCUGCUUCAGUGUUAUGAGAUAUUUUUGUCAGAUGUUACUAUGGUAUACUGAAGUAUAAUUACAAUCAUUCCAUAAGUGUCAAAGGCUUUUAUUGAGAAUUACAUUACGUUUAUGCAAAGAGUCAAUAUUUUCAGUGUUGACCCUUCUUUUUCAAGACCUCUGCAAUCUACCCUGGCAUGCUGUCAAUUAACUUCUGGGCCACAUCCUGACUGAUGGCAGCCCAUUCUUGCAUAAUCAAUGCUUGGAGUUUUUGUUUGUCCACCCGCAUCUUGACGAUCGACCACAAGUUCUCAAUGGGAUUAAGGUCUGGGGAGUUUCCUGGCCAUGGACCCAAAAUGUCGAUGUUUUGUUCCCCGAGCCACUUAGUUAUCACUUUUGCCUUAUGGCAAGGUGCUCCAUCAUGCUGGAAAAGGCAUUGUUCGUCACCAAACUGUUCUUGGAUGGUUGGGAGAAGUUGCUCUCGGAGGAUGUGUUGGUACCAUUCUUUAUUCAUGGCUGUGUUCUUCUGCAAAAUUGUGAGUGAGCCCACUCCCUUGGCUGAGAAGCAACCCCACACAUGAAUGGUCUCAGGAUGCUUUACUGUUGGCAUGACACAGGACUGAUGGUAGCGCUCACCUUGUCUUCUCCGGACAAGGUGUUUUCCGGAUGCCCCAAACAAUCGGAAAGGGGAUUCAUCAGAGAAAAUGACUUUACCCCAGUCCUCAGCAGUCCAAUCCCUGUACCUUUGGCAGAAUAUCAGUCUGUCCCUGAUGUUUUUCCUGGAGAGAAGUGGCUUCCUCGCUUCCCUGUCUGUCCUCCAAAAGUCUUCGCCUCCCUGUGCGUGCAGAUGAACUCGCAGCUGAAUCAACUUUAGGAGACGGUCCUGGCGCUUGCUGGACUUUCUUGGGCGCCCUGACGCCUUCUUCACAACAAUUGAACCUCUCUCCUUGAAGUUCUUGAUGAUCCGAUUAAAUGGUUGAUUUAGGUGCAAUCUUAAUAGCAGCAAUAUCCUUGCCUGUGAAGCCCUUUUUGUGCAAAGCAAUGAUGACGGCACGUGUUUCCUUGCAGGUAACCAUGGUUAACAGAGGAAGAACAAUGAUUUCAAGCACCACCCUCCUUUUAAAGCUUCCAGUCUGUUAUUCUAACUCAAUCAGCAUGACAGAGUGAUCUCCAGCCUUGUCCUCGUCGACACUCUCACUUGUGUUAACGAGAGAAUCACUGACAUGAUGUCAGCUGGUCCUUUUGUGGCAGGGAUGAAAUGCAGUGGAAAUGUUUUUUUGGGAUUAAGUUCAUUUUCAUGGCAAAGAGGGACUUUGCAAUUAAUUGCAAUUCAUCUGAUCACUCUUAAUGACAUUCUGGAGUAUAUGCAAAUUGCCAUUCUCAAAACCUUUGACCACGACUGUACACAAACCAUAGGAACACCUUCCUAAUAUUGAGUUGGACCCCCUUUUGCCCUCAGAACAGCCUCAGUUCGUCGGGGCAUGGACUCUACAAGGUGUCGAAAGCGUUCCACAGGGAUGCUGGCCCAUGUUGACUCCAAUGCUUCCCACAGUUGUGUCAAUUUGUCUGGAUGUCCUUUGGGUGGUGGACCAUUCUUGAUACACACGGGAAACUGUUGAUCGUGAAAAACCCAGCAGCGUUGCAGGUCUUGACACAAACCGGUGCGCCUGGCACCUACUACCACACCCUGUUCAAAGGCACUUAAAUAUUUUGUCUUGCCCAUUCACCCUCUGAAUGGCACACAUACACAAUCCAUGUCUCAAUUGUCUCAAGGCUUAAACAUCCUUAUUUAACCUGUCUCCUCCCCUUCAUCUACACUGAUUGAAGUGGAUUUAACAAGUGACAUCAAUAAGGGAUCAUAGCUUUCACCUGGUCAGUCUGUCGUGGAAAGGGCAGGUGCUCCUAAUGUUUUAUCCAGUAUAUUCUAUCUAUCUCUCUCUCUCUCUCUCGCUCUUUCUCUCUAUCUCUCUAUCUAUAUCUCUAUCUCUCUAUUAAUAAUAAACAGGUAAACCACUGAUUCCAUUUCUCUAUAAUUAUUCACAUGCCUGGAUCACUCUAUUUCAGGGAGCAUUUUGGACAUAAGCAUCCCAAAUACUCAGACGCUCUGCUAGACUAUGGCUUCUACCUACUGAACGUAGAUAACAUCUGCCAGUCAGUGGCCAUCUACCAGGUGGGUCAUUCAUUUAGGGUGGCAAAAUUUCACAAACACUUUACCAAAAUUACCAGAUUUUCCCCAAAUCCUGGUUGGACAAUUCCUGGAAUCAGGAGGGGAAAAAGCAGGAAAUAAUUUCAGUAAAACCUGGGAAUUUUGGGAAAGUUACCAGAAUUUUUUGCAACCCUAAAAUCCUCAUUAGUUAGCUCCCUGGUGUGAGACCGUAAUGGUCAAAAGUAGUUCACUGCAUAGAGAACAGACCGUCAUUUGGGACACAUCCAGAUGCUGGUUUCUCUCUCGUGUGCAGACGGCGCUGGACAUCAGGCAGUCUGUAUUCGGGGGGAAGAACAUCCACGUAGCGACGGCUCACGAGGACCUGGCCUACUCCUCCUAUGUACACCAGUACAGUUCUGGGAAAUUUGACAACGCGCUGUGAGUAGCUACACCCCCCCCCGAUCCUCGUCCCUCUGCUAUUCCUGGACUGAGUUUGACCCUGCUAGAUAAUUACAUUAGACUCCCUUUUAGACAUGCCAGAAUACUAUUUUUUGCAUCCUAAAUGGCACCCUAUUCCCUAAUAUAAUGCACUACUUUUGACAAGAAUAGGGGUGAACUAUGAAGGUAAUAGGGUGUACCAUUUGGGACGCACACUUGAAUAACACUUCCGUGGUUUCCAUGCUGCUAUAGUUUGCUGGUACUGUGAAGUCUUAAGUCAUUCAAGGUUACUGUAGGUGUAAUGCUCUGGCCAUGUGCCAUGUAAUAGCAAUAGAAGCAUUAUGACGGAAUAGGAACUAGGAAUAGUCCAUUCUGAAGAUAUAGCUGACAGAAGGACUAGAGGAAGGGUUGUAGCGCUUUGUCUGUCAUUUGUGGUGUGGCAAAACCAGCGCCACCCUUCACGUGUAUGUUGCUACUGUUGAUUUGGUCAGUUGUAGUUAGCCCCAUUUCCUAACCUCCAAUACCUAGACCCAGUACUUCCUAAAGUAAUCCGUUUUCUUUGAAAUGUUGUGGAUUCUUUAUGUUCUGAGCAGUGUGUCUAAGUGUCAGCCUCUUACCCAAGCGUUCUGUUUGUUUCUCCAGAUUCCACGCAGAACGUGCCAUAGACAUCAUAACUCACAUUCUCCCUGAAGACCAUCUACUGCUGGCCUCGUCCAAGAGGGUCAAAGGUAAUUCAUUCCACCAUUCUAACUGCUGAGUCACUCCUAGCUGGAACAUCUGAGUCAAUCACACUGCUAUGUAGUGUCUCUGUAACACUGCUAUGUAGUGUCUCUGUAACACUGCUAUGUAGUGUCUCUAACACUGCUAUGUAGUGUCUCUGUAACACUGCUAUGUAGUGUCUCUGUAAUACUGCUAUGUAGUGCCUCUGUAACACUGUCUCUGUAACGCUGCUAUGUAGUGUCUCUGUAACACGGCUAUGUAGUGUCUCUGUAACACGGCUAUAUAGUGUCUCUGUAACACUGCUAUGUAGUGUCUCUGUAACACUGCUAUGUAGUGUCUCUAACACUGCUAUGUAGUGUCUCUGUAACGCUGCUAUGUAGUGUCUCUGUAACGCUGCUAUGUAGUGUCUCUGUAACGCUGCUAUGUAGUGUCUCUGUAACGCUGCUAUGUAGUGUCUCUGUAACGCUGCUAUGUAGUGUCUCUGUAACACUGCUAUGUAGUGUCUCUGUAACACUGCUAUGUAGUGUCUCUGUAACACGGCUAUGUAGUGUCUCUGUAACACGGCUAUGUAGUGUCUCUGUAACACGGCUAUGUAGUGUCUCUGUAACGCUGCUAUGUAGUGUCUCUGUAACGCUGCUAUGUAGUGUCUCUGUAACACGGCUAUGUAGUGUCUCUGUAACACGGCUAUGUAGUGUCUCUGUAACACGGCUAUGUAGUGUCUCUGUAACACGGCUAUGUACUGUCUCUGUAACACUGCUAUGUAGUGUCUCUGUAACACUGCUAUGUAGUGUCUCUGUAACACUGUCUCUGUAACACUGCUAUGUAGUGUCUCUGUAACACGGCUAUGUAGUGUCUCUGUAACACUGCUAUGUAGUGUCUCUGUAACACUGCUAUGUAGUGUCUCUGUAACACUGUCUCUGUAACACUGCUAUGUAGUGUCUCUGUGACACUGCUAUGUAGUGUCUCUGUGACACUGCUAUGUAGUGUCUCUGUGACACUGCUAUGUAGUGUCUCUGUAACACGGCUAUGUAGUGUCUCUGUAACACUGCUAUGUAGUGUCUCUGUAACACGGCUAUGACCACAGUCAGUCAUGAGAUUAGGAGAAACCGCAUGGUCCUAUCUGACUUCCUCUAAUACAACUCUUCCUAGUAGGAUUAUUGAGAUGUUAUUGACUGUUUCUGGCUCAGGGCCAGAUUGUGUGGGUGUUGGUGGUGUGAUGUGGCAAACUUGGGCCCUAGCCCUCACCCACCGAUCCAACAGGUCCCAGACGUGCUCAAUGGGAUUGAGAUCCGGGCUCUUCGCUGGCCAUGGCAGAACACUGACAUUCCUGUCUUGCAGGAAAUCACGCACAGAACAAGCAGUAUGGCUGGUGGCAUUGUCAUGCUGGAGGGUCAUGUCAGGAUGAGCCUGCAGGAAGGGUACCACAUGAGGGAGGAGGAUGUCUUCCCUGUAACGCACAGCGUUGAGAUUGCCUGCAAUGACAACAAGCUCAGUCCGAUGAUGCUGUAACACACCGCCCCAGACUAUGACAGACCCUCCACCUCCAAAUCGAUCCCGCUCCAGAGUACAGGCCUCGGUGUAACGCUCAUUCCUUCGACGAUAAACGCGAAUCCGACCAUCACCCCUGGUGAGACAAAACCGUGACUCGUCAGUGAAGAGCACUUUUUGCCAGUCCUGUCUGGUCCAGCGACGGUGGGUUUGUGCCCAUACACGACGUUGUUGCCGGUGAUGUCUGGUGAGGACCUGCCUUACAACAGGCCUACAAGCCCUCAGUCCAGCCUCUCUCAGCCGAUUGCGGACAGUCUGAGCACUGAUGGAGGGAUUGUGCGUUCCUGGUGUAACUCAGGCAGUUGUUGUUGCCAUCCUGUAAUUGUCCCGCAGGUGUGAUGUUCGGAUGUACCGAUCCUGUGCAGGUGUUGUUACACGUGGACGGACUGCUCUCCGUCCUGUCUCCCUGUAGCGCUGUCUUAGGCGUCUCACAGUACGGACAUUGCAAUUUAUUGCCCUGGCCACAUCUGCAGUCCUCAUGCCUCCUUGCAGCAUGCCUAAGGCACGUUCACGCAGAUGAGCAGGGACCCUGGGCAUCUUUCUUUUGGUGUUUUUCAGAGUCAGUAGAAAGGCCUCUUUUAGUGUCCUAAGUUUUCAUAACUGUGACCUUAAUUGCCUACCGUCUGUAAACUGUUAGUGUCUUAACGACCGUUCCACAGGUGCAUGUUCAUUAAUUGUUUAUGGUUCAUUGAACAAGCAUGGGGAAACAGUGUUUAAACCCUUUACAAUGAAGAUCUGUGAAGUUAUUUGGAUUUUUACGAAUUAUCUUUGAAAGACAGGGUCCUGAAAAAGGGACGUUUCUUUUUUUUUUUUGCUGAGUUUUUAUAUACUGUCUCCCCAGCUCUGAUCCUGGAGGAGAUAGCCAUCGACUGCCACAACAAGGAGACAGAGGAGCGCCUGCUGCAGGAGGCCUAUGACCUGCACCUGUCUUCUCUGCAGCUGGCCAAGAAGGCCUUCGGAGAGUUCAACGUCCAGACAGCCAAACACUACGGAAACCUGGGACGGCUCUACCAGUCCAUGAGGAAGUUCAAGGUCAGAGGGGGCGAGACACACACACACACACACACACACACACACACACACACUAGUGUCCGGUGGGAAGUGCUGCAGCCCCUGGAGGCAGCAGCUUCUCUACCGCUACUUCUCAUCUACAUCAUCUUAUCCUACCUCUCUCGAUACCAUUUUUAAACACGGUGUGUGUUGUAGGAGGCUGAAGAGAUGCACAUCAAAGCUAUUCAGAUCAAGGAGCAGCUGCUGGGGCAGGAGGACUAUGAGGUGGCUCUGUCUGUGGGUCAUCUGGCCUCUCUCUAUAACUAUGACAUGAACCAGUAUGAAGACGCUGAGAGACUCUACCGACGAUCCAUCGCCAUCGGUAAGUGUGUAUAUGUACUGUAUGUGAAUGUACUGUAUGUACAUAAUCACAAAGCGAAAAAUGGUUUUUAGAAAUGUUAGCAAAUGUAUUAAAAAUAUAAAACGGAAAUACCUUAUUUGCAUAAGUAUUCAGACCCUUUGCUACGAGACUCGAAAUUGAGCUCAGGUGCAUUCUGUUUCUAUUGAUCAUCCUUGAGAUGUUUCUACAACUUGAUUGGAGUCCACCUGUGGUAAAUUCAAUUGAUUGGACAUGAUUUGGAAAGGCACACACUUUUCUAUAUAAGGUCCCACAGUUGACAGUGCAUGUCAGAGCAAAAACCAAGCCAUGAGGUCGAAGGAAUUGUCCGUAGACCUCCGAGACAGGAUUGUGUCGAGGCACAGAUCUGGGGAAGGGUACCAAAAAAUGUCUGCAGCAUUGAAGGUCACCAAGAAUACAGUGGCCUCCAUCAUUCUUAAAUGGAAAAAGUUUGGAAGCACCAAGACUCUUCCUAGAGCUGGCCGCCCGGCCAAACUGAGCAAUCGGGGGAGAAGGGCCUUGGUCAGGUAGGUGACCAAGAACCCGAUGGUCACUCUGACAGAGCUCCAGAGUUCCUCUGUGGAGAUGGGAGAACCUUCCAGAAGGACAACCAUCUCUGCAGCACUCCAGCAAUCAGUUACAGAGUUUAAUGGCUGUAAUAUGAGAACUGAGCAUGGAUCAACAACAUUGUAGUUACUCCACAAUACUAAUCUAAAUGACAGAGUGAAAAGAAGGAAGCCUGUACAGAAUAAAAAUAUUUCAAAACACUCAUCCUGUUUACAAGGCACUUAAGUAAUACUGCAAAACAAAUUGGCAAAGAAAUUCGUUUUUUUGUCCUGAAUACAAAGCGUUAUGUUUGGGGCAAAUCCAACACAACACAUCACUGAGUACCACUCUUCAUAUUUUCAUGCAUAGUGGUGGCUGCAUAAUGUUAUGGGUAUGCUUGUCAGCGGCAAGGACUAGGGAGUUUUUCAGGAUAAAAAGAAACUGAAUAAGUUCAGGCAAAAUCCUAGAGGAUAACCUGGUUAAGUCUGCUUUCGGCAGGACAAUAACCUAAAACACAAGGCCACAUCAUGUGGUCCUCUGUAGCUCAGCUGGUAGAGCACGGCGCUUGUAACGCUAAGGUAGUGGGUUCGAUCCCCGGGACCACCCAUUCACAAAAAAAAAAAUUUAUGCACGCAUGACUGUAAGUCGCUUUGGAUAAAAGCGUCUGCUAAAUGGCAUAUUAUUAUAUUUAUUAUUAUCUACACAGGAGUUGCUUACCAAGACGAUGUUGAAUGUUCCUGAGAGGCCUAGUUACAGUUUUGACUUAAAUCGGCUUGAAAAUCUAUGGCAAGACUUGAAAAUAGCUGUCUAGCAAUGAUCAGCAACUAACUUGACAGAGCUUGAAGAAUUUAAAAAGAAUAAUGGGCAAAUAUUUUACGAUCCAGGUGUGGAAAGCUCUAGAGACUUACCCAGAAAGACUCACUGCUGUAAUCGCUGCCAAAGGUGACUCCUGGGUUGAAUACUUAUCUAAUCAAGCUAGUGUUUUAUUUUUAUUUUUAUAAAUGUUAGAAUUGUUCUUCCACUUUUGACAUUAGAGUAUUAGGUCUUUAUCUCUGUGUUUGUUCUUACCUGUGUAUCUUUCCCGUCAGGUAAGAAACUAUUCGGUGAGGGCUACAGCGGUCUGGAGUAUGACUACCGGGGUCUGAUCAAGCUCUACAACUCAGUAGGGAACUAUGAGAAGGUGUUUGAGUACCACAACGUUCUGUCUAACUGGAACCGACUCAGGGACAGGCAGUUUGCUGUGGCAGAUGCCCUGGAGGAUGUUAAUACUAGUCCCCAGCAGACACAGGAGGUGGUACAGGCCUUCCUACUGGCCCAGAGAUAUGGGCCCACACGACCCUGCCUGGGCUGA